AUGGAAGUUACAGAGGAAGAAUUGACUGCUCACAAGGUUAUUUUAGAGCAGGGACCGAUUUUCGUGGACGAGAUAAAACUUCACGAAUUAAUUGACUACGAGUUACCCGAUACUUCUUGGGAACAAUUACAGAUAAUAUUAGACAGUUUGCAUUCUUUUGGAUUAGUCAGGAAACGACAAACCCACGAUGAAAGAGUUUUAUAUCAAGCUCGUACAAAAGAAAUUGCAAAAAAAUUACAAAACCUUGACGAGAAAGAAUUCGAAAUAUAUGAGCUCAUAGAAAAUUCGGAGAGAAAAGGUAUCGCAAAGUCCGAAAUCCAAAAGACAACUAAAAUUGUACAAUCCAUAGUUGAAAGUAGUUUAAAGUCCAUGCAAGACCAACAACUGGUUAAAGAGCCAGCUGAUGAAUCUCUUAGCAGAUUAUUGUACAAUAAUGGAGAAGUUGAUACAAUAGUUGUAGAGGCUUUAAAAUCAUUAUGUUAUAAUUUUAUAUAUCACAGAAGUUUUCCAAAAGACUUGGAGGAGGAAGCAAUAUAUUUUCCUGCUUACACUGGUUAUGCUACUCUAGCAAAAAUUGUACAAUGCAUACAAGAGUCAAAAUUAAUCACAGAAGUAGAUGUCGAAGAUGCUGACAUACGUCAAAUUUUAGAUGUUCUGAUUUUUGAAGGGAAAAUUGUAAGACUGGUUUCGGGCGCAAUACCUGAUUCAGAUACAAUGGACAUCAUUGAUACAAGUCAUGAUUCCCACGUUAUGUAUAUGGCAAAAAAGCCAAGAGCAGUGAGCAAUGCUUGGACUCCAACACCAUGUGGCAGGUGUCCGUAUUUUAAAGAUGAAUGUACAGAGGAUGGAGAAAUUUCGCCAUCUAAUUGCGUAUUUUAUCCUCAAUGGCUUAACCGAGGUAUUAGUUUGAUUAAUGAACCGAGUAAAUCCAAAGGAAAGGAAAAAAAUAUCAUGGACUGGUGA